AACAUUUGAAGCAUAGAAGACUUGAUCACUUGCACACGAAGAAGCUUAAUUAAUUAAUUAAUUCACACAUGGCGAGGCAGUCAUUGGAGGUGGCGGUUGAAGGACUGAAGAGGUUUCUCAGUGAGCAGAAUGGCCAUGGCCUCGAUGACGCGACGGCUGCAAAAAUUGCGAAACUGGCAGCCGAGCUGCAAGGGACAGAUCUCAAUGGCUAUGAUGGCCUGAAGGUUCAAAAAGACCCUGUUCAAAUGAUUACAGAAGGGUUUAGAUACUUCAAGACCAACAAAUUUGACAAGAAUCCAGAAUUGUACAAUUGUCUUGCCCAGGGCCAGUGGCCUCAGUUUCUGGUAUUCGCGUGCUCAGACUCCAGAGUUUGCCCCUCUCAUAUCCUCAACUUCCAACCUGGGGAUGCCUUUAUGGUCCGCAACAUUGCUAACAUGGUUCCACCAUUCGACCAGCUCAGAUACUCUGGCUCUGGCGCAGCCAUUGAAUAUGCCAUCGAAGCUCUUAAGGUACCAAAUAUCCUGGUCAUUGGACAUAGUCGUUGCGGGGGGAUACAGAGGCUUAUGUCUCAUCCUGAGGAUGGUUCCGCUCCCUAUGACUUCAUCGAUGAGUGGGUCAAAAUAGGUAAACCUGCCAAGGCCAAGGUCAUAGCAGAGUUUGGCGAUUUGCCAUUUGCAGAACAAUGUAAACACUGUGAAAAGGAGGCAGUGAAUCUGUCACUGUUUAAUUUACUGAGUUAUCCGUAUGUCCAGAAGGCGCUGGCACACAGGAAGCUUAGGUUGAUGGGUGGCUACUAUAAUUUUGUUGAAGGAACUUUUGACCGUUGGGAGUUUGAGUGUAGCUUUUCACCUAGCCUCCCCGCAUGAGUCUCAAUUGUAUUAAUUAUGUCAAAUUGUUAUUUCCCUUGCUGUUUUACUUCAUAUAUAUGUACUACUGUAUUUGGCUUCGUGGACAGUAUUAUCCACUAAAUAAAGCAGAGCAGCUCUUUGCA